CCUCCCAUCUCCCCCCUCCCCGCCGCAGUGGGAGGUCCCACUCAUCCCGGAAGAGAGGACCGGCCACUUCCGCCUGCCGGGACCAGACCGUAGCCGCCACCAUGACCGCCACGCUGCGCCCGUACCUGAACGCGGUGCGCGCCACGCUGCAGGCCGCGCUGUGCCUGGAGAACUUCUCCUCGCAGGUGGUGGAGCGGCACAACAAGCCCGAGGUGGAAGUCAGGAGCAGCAAAGAGCUGCUGUUGCAGCCCGUGAUCAUCAGCAGGAACGAGAAGGAGAAGGUCCUCAUCGAGGGCUCCAUUAACUCUGUGCGCGUCAGCAUCGCGGUGAAGCAGGCUGAUGAAAUUGAGAAGAUUUUGUGCCACAAAUUCAUGCGCUUCAUGAUGAUGAGGGCCGAGAACUUCUUCAUCCUGCGUAGGAAGCCUGUGGAGGGCUACGACAUCAGCUUCUUGAUCACAAACUUCCAUACGGAGCAGAUGUACAAGCACAAGCUGGUGGACUUUGUUAUCCACUUCAUGGAGGAGAUCGACAAGGAGAUCAGUGAGAUGAAGCUCUCUGUCAAUGCCAGGGCCCGCAUCGUGGCAGAGGAGUUCCUCAAGAACUUUUAGGCCGUGGUGCAGGACCCCGUGGCUCCCCAACGCUUGUGCCCACCGGGCACCGUGCCUGCGCCUGCUCCCGCUUCCCCCCCACCCUCUGCGGACGGCCGGGCCGGGACCCCCCUGCCCCUCACCGGGCCGGGCAGCCGUGCUGGGAGCAGCCCCCGCUCGCGGCAGAGCGGCCCCAGUCGCCGCCCUUGUCUCGUCUCGUUUUUUAAACGGUCUCGUUUGCUGUAA